AUGAUCCUUCUCGCGGAGGCCGGGAGGGCCAAAGACAUCGCACAGGCCCUUGGUCCUUUUCAAGAAUAUGAGCGGGACCCGAGGAUCGGCGAUACGAUUGCAGAACUCGACGACCUUCGACACCACUUGCGCGAACUCCGCGCAUCACUUGACGACCGCAGAAGAUACGUAGACACGCUCUUUCGCGACGAUGUCGAGUUACUGCAACACAGCGUGGCCUACACGCUUGGAGAUGUCUGGACAAUACUGGGCCAGAUGCCCCAGGAACCGAUCGGCCAUGAUUACAGAAAUGCCUGGAAGGACGUCUCGAAACAUUGCCAAUACUCAUCCAGGAGUCAGAGCCUGCCGGAUCGGCUUCAUACAUACAACAACUUCACCAUGGCGCUGGUACGCAAACUCAACAGCAAGGGAGAUCCAGUCCGCUACCUUAUCGAGGACCUCCGCGAGGACCUCAUAAAGCUACGGCGCGCGCAAUUACAGGAUCGUCGACUUAUUACCGCCACGGAGGCAAUCGACGACCUUGCUGCUCUGACGCUAAGGCCUCCUCUUCCUCCAAUCCCCGACACGCCUCCCCUAGCCAAUACUGGAGUCCUGAUCGUAUUCCAUUGCACCUUCAUUGCGCUCAGAGCCUACGACAGCACAAGGAUAGGCCCGCUAGACCCGUUCGACCACGACCUCGAUAAGGAGGCCGAGUACUUCUCCGCGCCGAUAGCAGACAACGGCUACCACCAUCGCCUCCGCAUUCUCCGCGACAGAAGCACCAACGUUCUACGACUUGAAGCCUCUGUCCUAGAUGGCCGGCUCAAAGACACGCCAAUAUGGACCGCCUUCGUAACCCACCACGUCCUCUCACCGAAAUGGAUGAAGAAGUCACCCCAUGCAGCUACCAUACAUCUCAGUGACCUCAAACGACAUAUCUUCUCGCCUGACUACACCCCUCAGAGAGCGAACAGCGGCGCGCACGUACUUGACUUCGAUAAGACUAGAGAUGCUGACGCGUUUGCCCGAACGAUACACGACUUUGGCGAGCGGUUUCGCAAGGACGCCUCAAAGCGCUCAAAGUCCGGGAAGUAG